AUCAAGAUAUCCAAUAUGGCAGCCCACUAGCAUCUAUCGUGGCACAAACGAUUUACAGAACAAAUCCACAAUAAUCGUGACAAUUACAGAGGUCCUGUGUAGAUUCACAGUCCGCAUCUGCCUCGGGAGCUAGCUGAAGAAAACUCCCAGCCAUGUUCCUGUACGCACUCACUCUUCAGCGUGCCACGGGCAUCGUCCAGUGUAUACAUGGCAACUUUGCUGGCACCAAGCAGCAGGAGUUGGUGGUUGGGCGUGGCAAGCUCCUGGAGCUGAUCAAGAUUGAUCCCAAUACUGGCAAGCUGUACACGGUGCUGAGUCACGAGGUCUUUGGUAUCAUCAGGACCUUGAUGCCAUUCAGGCUUACAGGAGGGAGUAAAGAUUUCAUAGUGGUUGGUUCAGACUCUGGUAGGAUCAUCAUUCUUGAAUACAAUGCUGCUAAGAACUGUCUUGAUCGGGUCCAUCAAGAGACGUUCGGAAAGAGCGGGUGCAGGCGCAUCGUGCCAGGUCAGUUCCUAGCAGUAGACCCCAAGGGUCGUGCCGUCAUGGUUGGUGCCUUGGAGAAGCAGAAGCUUGUGUACAUCCUCAACAGAGAUGCCCAGGCCAGGCUCACCAUCUCGUCCCCUCUGGAAGCCCACAAAUCAAACACCUUCUCCUUCCACAUUGUAGGGGUGGAUGUGGGCUUUGAGAACCCCAUGUUUGCAUGCCUGGAGAUUGACUAUGAGGAUGCUGACAGUGACCCCACAGGAGAGGCUGCUCAGGCCACCCAGCAGCUGCUCACAUACUAUGAGCUGGAUCUGGGGCUCAACCAUGUGGUCAGGAAGUACAGUGAACCCCUGGAGGAAUAUGGAAACUUACUCAUUGCAGUUCCCGGAGGGAGUGAUGGUCCAAGUGGUGUGUUGAUCUGUUCAGAGAACUACAUCACGUAUAAGAACCUUGGAGAUCAACCAGACAUCAGGAUGCCUAUACCAAGGAGAAGGAAUGACUUGGAUGAUCCAGAAAGGGGCAUGAUCUUUGUUUGCAGUGCUACCCACAAAACAAAGUCCAUGUUCUUCUUCCUGGCCCAAACUGAGCAAGGAGACAUCUUCAAGAUCACUUUAGAGACGGAUGACGACAUGGUGACUGAGAUACGAAUGAAGUACUUUGACACCGUCCCCGUCGCCACGUCCAUGAACGUCCUCAAGACCGGGUUCCUCUUCAUUGCAUCAGAAUAUGGCAAUCACUACCUGUAUCAGAUCGCCCAUCUUGGUGACGAUGAUGAUGAGCCGGAGUUCAGCAGUGCCACACCCCUCGAGGAAGGGGAUACCUUCUUCUUUGCACCCCGUACCCUCAGGAAUCUAGAGGAGGUGGAUCAGCUGGAAAGCCUCUCUCCUAUCCUUUCUUGCCAGAUUGCUGACUUGGCCAGUGAAGACACUCCUCAACUCUACGUUGCCUGUGGACGAGGUCCAAGAUCAUCCAUGAGAGUGCUAAGGCACGGAUUGGAGGUAUCUGAAAUGGCUGUGUCAGAGCUUCCAGGUAACCCUAAUGCUGUGUGGACGGUCAAAAAGAAAUCGGAUGAUGAGUAUGAUGCGUACAUCAUCGUGUCCUUCGUCAACGCUACCCUGGUUCUCUCCAUCGGUGAGACGGUUGAAGAAGUGACAGACUCUGGUUUCCUGGGGACCACGCCCACCCUCUCAUCAUCACUCAUUGGAGAUGAUGCUCUCUUACAGAUCUACCCAGAUGGUAUUCGACACAUCCGCGCAGACAAGCGUGUGAAUGAGUGGAAAACACCUGGUAAGAAGUCUAUCGUCAAGUGUGCUGUCAACCAGAGGCAGGUGGUCAUCGCACUGACGGGCGGAGAAAUGGUCUACUUUGAAAUGGAUCCUACUGGACAGCUGAAUGAAUAUACAGAGAGGAAGGAGAUGAACGCCGAUGUGAAGUGUAUGAGUCUUGCCACAGUGCCUUCGGGCGAACAGAGAGCAAGGUUCCUGGCUGUAGGUCUAGACGACAACACCGUUCGCGUCAUCUCUCUUGACCAAUCGGACUGUCUUCAACCACUAAGUAUGCAGGCAUUGCCAGCCCCUGCUGAAGCCCUGUGUAUCAUUGAGAUGGGAGGAACGGAGGCCAGGGAAGAAACUGGUGAGAGGGGCAGCUCAGGGGGCCUCUUUCUCAACAUUGGUCUUCAGAAUGGUGUACUGCUGAGGAUGGUGUUGGACUCGGUGACCGGUGAUCUUUCAGAUACGAGAACGAGAUACCUUGGAUCAAGACCUGUGAAACUCUUCAGGAUUAACAUGCAGGGAUCGGAAGCUGUGCUUGCUAUGUCCAGUCGAUCGUGGCUGAGUUACUGGUACCAGUCUCGGUUCCAUCUCACACCCCUGUCAUACGAGACCCUAGAGUUUGCCUCUGGAUUCGCUUCAGAGCAGUGUCCUGAAGGCAUUGUCGCCAUCUCCACAAACACCCUCAGGAUUUUGGCUUUGGAGAAGCUAGGAGCAGUCUUCAAUCAGGUUUCCACGCAACUGAAAUACACACCCAGGAAGUUUGCUGUUCACCUUGAGAAUAAUAACAUUGUUGUCAUCGAGACGGACCAUAACACAUACACAGACUCUACCAAAGCACAGAGGAAACAACAAAUGGCCGAGGAAAUGGUUGAAGCAGCUGGCGAGGAGGAGAAGGAGCUAGCAGCUGAGAUGGCAGAAGCUUUCCUCCAGGAGGAGCUACCCGAGUCUACCUUCAGCUCCCCCAAGGCUGGAUCAGGGAUGUGGGCCUCUACGAUCAGGCUCCUGAAUCCGGUCCAAGGACAGACCUUAGACAUGGUGGAGCUAGAACAGAAUGAAGCUGCAUUCAGUCUUGCAUUGGUGAAGUUUGCCAAUCGUGAAGACGAGACCCACGUCUUGGUGGGGACAGCCAAAGAUGUGACGUUGAGUCCUAGGACCUGCUCUGGUGGUGCUAUACACACGUACCUACUUACAGAGGAGGGCAAGAAGCUUGAGUUCUUACACAAGACUCUUGUGGACGAUGUACCAUCAUCAAUCGCUGCAUUCCAAGGAAGGGUUCUCAUUGGAAUUGGAAGACUGCUGAGGAUUUAUGAUCUCGGCAAGAAGAAACUACUCAGAAAAUGUGAAAACAAGCACAUUCCAAACUUCAUCACCAACAUCCUGACGACAGGUAACCGUGUCAUCAUCAGCGAUGUCCAGGAGAGUCUUCACUUCCUCAAGUACAAGAGACAGGAGAAUCAGAUGGUCAUCUUUGCGGACGAUAGUAACCCUCGUUGGAUCACAGCCACGUGCCUUCUGGACCAUGACACCGUCAUGUGUGCGGACAAGUUUGGCAACAUCACCGUGCUGAGGUUACCCACGAGCGUCAACGACAACCUUGACGAGGAUCCGACGGGAGUCAAGGCACUCUGGGACCGCGGCCUUCUCAACGGAGCAUCCCAGAAGACCGAUGUGGUGUCCAGCUUCUUCAUCGGUGAGACAGUGCUGUCUCUGCAGAAGGCCACACUGAUUCCUGGAGGUUCAGAGUCUGUGGUGUACACCACUCUGUCUGGGGCCAUCGGGGUCCUGGUGCCAUUCACUGCGCAUGAGGAUCAUGACUUCUUCCAGCAUCUUGAGAUGCACAUGAGAUCAGAAUAUGCACCACUCUGUGGAAGGGACCAUCUCUCGUACAGAUCCUACUACUAUCCAGUCAAGAAUGUGAUUGAUGGUGAUCUGUGUGAACAGUACAACUCUAUGGAACUUUCUAAACAGAGGACUGUGGCUGAAGAACUUGAUAGGAAUCCUAGUGAGGUUUCAAAAAAGCUGGAAGACAUCAGGACAAGAUUUGCCUUCUAAGCACAGGACCCUACAAAAACUUUAUAGACUCUCUGAACGGCAAAAAAAAACAUACUGAGCUUGAGAGAAAGUGAACAUUGAGAUUGUUUGCUGGCUGGCCCGGCCUUCCAUGAUAAAUGAUCCUACAUGUCUAAGUUGUGAUAGCUAUACAACUUGAUCUGCAGUCGGGAAAUCCAUUCAGCUGUUACAGAUCUAUAGCAAUGAAAAUGAUGAUCAACAGAAAAGUCUUUGUUUGCUACCUCUGUUAUGGCUGGACUUACCGAGAGCAAAAUGCAGUGAACAGUUAGCGGACUUCCACAGUCCCACAUUAUUGCAAAUCGUGUGAGGAAACUAACUGACUUAUACUAGAAUAUGAAGCAAGCAAUAUGAAGUUUACAUUUUCAGUUGUUAUGAAAUGGACCCUGUGUAUUCAUAUCGAGGAUUGUUGUGGCUGGACUACAGAUGUAAAGGUGUUUUAGGCGAGUGGUAUAAUCCCAUGACUGGCAAUGCAAAGGUCAUGGGUUCGAGCCCCGGCACGCCCACCUACAUCCUUGAGCAAGGCAUUUCAUCCAUAUUGCUCCUCUUCACCCAGGUGCUAAAUGGAUACCUGGUAGGAUGUGAAGGGCAAUGUGAUUGGAUAAGGAUGUGUACAAAGGCAACUGGCCAGAGUGAAGAAUGUGCAUUGUAAUGUGCGGAAUAGUAAUUGAAUCCCUUGACCAGGAUAAUAGUAACACUGUAAGUGCUUCGUUCUGUUGUAUGUAACUGGUAAAGUGCUUUUAUAAGAACGGUCAGUUGUUUGUAACUGGUAAAGUGCUUCCAUAUGAAACGGUUAUUAUUAUUACUACAGGGAGCAAAAUUUAGAGAACAAUUUGUAGACUUCUGCAGUCCCACAUCAUUGCAAGUCACUAUCAUGUGUACAUCUACAGUUGACAUUGACUCUGUUUAUUCAAAUAGAGUAACUGAUCCUAACAUGAAGUGCCUACCACUAGAGUUUUAUAAUCAAUGACUUUAAAAACAUUUCGCUGAAAUAAGAUGUCUGUUAAAUGAGGAAAUGUCUCUGUUUCCCAAUUUUGUCCAGUUAUUUUAGGGGAAAGAUGUAAUUCUCCCCACCCCCCGUUUUUGUUCUUUACCAAUGUUUUUGAUUAUGUGGCCAUGGGAUUGAUCUGGUUCUUGAAUAUAAACAGUUUUGAUUCUGUGUUUCAAAAUAAAGUUAUGACGUCAUAUUUUGCAUGAUUCAGUUGUUUGUUGGAAAUGCAACGAUUAGAUAAGAGUGACUAUUUAUUCAUAUCUAUUUCUGACCAGAAAAACGCAUCAACAUUCCAAUUUUUAUGAACAAUAUGUUUACUUAAAGCAUGUGUAAGGUCUAAAGUCCCACAACAUACAUCUUCAGUAGAGUCAGGUUACUGUUUGUAUAUCUAGUUUAACGGAAGCCGCUGUGAUAAGAAUUUGACAGUCUUCACCAAAAGUAUGUCAGUGUGUCAGAUUAUUGCACCUGAAGUUCAUUCAAAGCAACGGAGCACCUCUUGCAAAGACUUGCGAUAGGAUCUUUAUUUGUCAAGUGCUCAGUGUUUCAAGUAUUUAUGUUUGCAACUGACAGUGGACUUUGCUUUGUGACAAUACAUUUCAAACUUGUUAAG